GGUUUCCCUCGCCCAUCAAGAAUCAAGUGACUUCAGUCUGUGCUCAGAGAACAGUGUCAAGAGGAUCUGAAAGCUUGUCAAUAACUGUUUUCUUUCACUGUAUUGCCCUUUCCCGUUUGUGGGAGAAGAGCCAUGAAGAACCGUUCCUCAUCUCCCCCCUUGCACGUUCAUGUGGAUGAAAACACCCCUGUCCAUGUCCAUAUUAAAAAGGGUCAGAAAACAACACCUACAAAAUGCCAGCAAAAGCACAAACAGAGAACAAGAGGGGAUACUGUGAGCAUGCGCCGAAAUGUCCGGGUGAAAACGAAGGCCCCCUGGGUGCCCCCAGGCAAAACAUCUGUCCGGGAGACCACCUACAAAUGGGAGGGACCAACUCACCGCCUAGAAAUUACACCUUCAGAUUCAGAAAAAAUGUUGUCAGUGAUGCGCCUUAGUGACCUCUCUACAGAUGAGGAGGAUGCUGUUUGCUGCAAAAUGAGUGAAUAUGAAAAGAAGAUUGAUAGCUUGAUGAACGUGGUGGGAACGCUGAAGAAUGAGGCCAAGAUGCAGAAACAGGAGGAACAGCAGCAAAGGACAAAACGUCUCCUAGAAGAGCAGAAAGAAGAACUGAAUGAGGUCACUCAAGAGCUGGUGGAAACAGAACAUGAGAACACACUGCUCAGACGCAAUAUUGAGCGCAUGAAAGAGGAGAAAGAUCUGACCAUGCUACAGAAAAAGUGCUUGCAGCGUGAGAAGGAGUGUCUGAUGUCCAAGCUGAAUGAAGCAGAGAGGGAUGGAGCAGCAGCAGCCAAACAGAUCGAUGCUCUGAAAGAUACAAUCGGGAGACUCAACAUUGAGAAACACAUGAGCAGCUCGGAUAUUAACACACUGACAAGACAAAAAGAGCUGCUGCUACAGAAAUUGAGCACCUUUGAAGAAACCAACCGGACACUCCGAGAACUUCUUAAAGAGCAGCAAACCCGGGAGAAGGAUGCUCAGAAGAUAUUGGAGCAACAGGGAACACUGCUGAAAAGGCUGGCUGAUGCAGAUGCAGAGAAAGUGCAACUCCAGAUGAUGCUUCAGGAAAAAGAAAAAGAGGUGGAUGACCUUACCGUUCAGAUACGGACAGAGAAGGACCAGGCAAAGACGGCAUGUGAGCUCUCCAAAUCUAUGGAGGCCGUGAGAGGCCAUUUACAAGCGCAACUGCGAAAUAAAGAAGCUGAAAACAACCGUCUGAGUAUCCAGAUCCGGAAUCUGGAGCGCAAUGGAGCUCAGCAUAAGGUAGAGGUGGAACAUAUCAUGGAACAGUUGAAGGAGGUAAGGCAGAAGGCAGACCGUGAUAAGGAGGCCCUGAAGAAAGCCAUCCGUGCCCAGAAAGACCGGGCAGAGCGGAGUGAGGAGUACGCAGAGCACUUGAAUGUCCAGCUGGCAGAAAAGGACAGUUAUGUUGCUGAGGCACUGUCUACUCUGGAGUCCUGGAGGAGUCGCUACAACAAAGUAGUGAAGGACAAGAGCGACCUCGAACUGGAAAUUAUUAUGCUGAACAGCCGUAUUACAGACUUGCUGGAAGAGCAGAAAACCCUGGAGGAGAAGAUGCGAGAGGACAGAGAUGUCUUGGUGGAUAAAUUGCAUCGACAGGCCACAGAAACCACUUCCUUCAAAAUGGAGAACGAAAGGCUGAAGGCUAGUGUAGUCCCAAUGGAGGAAAAGCUGAACAAAGCACACUCGGAAGUGGAACAACUCAAGAGCUCUGUCAAGAAUUACGAAGGGUUGAUUGAAACCUACAAGUCACAGGUGUUGAAGAACCGAAUGGAAGCAGAUGAUGUGACAGCAAAACUGGAGAUCUGUGAUAAAGAGAAUAAGACAUUAAAGAAUGAAAUGAACAAAGAGAUUGAACUGGCUCGUCAGCAGUUCCAGAGCCAGCUUGCUGAGCUAGAAAAGCUUCCUGAGAUCCUGAAGAUCACAGAGUCACGGCUGGCUGAAUGCCAGGACCAGCUUCAGAGUUAUGAGAAAAAGAACGCGGACCUGUCUGUCAUGAUUACAGACCUUCGUCAGCGGAUUGAGCUCCAGGGGGACAAAAUGGAGAUGACAAGAGAGAGGUAUCAGUCUGCCCAGGAGGAGAAUAAGCAGCUCACCUUGAAGGUGGAAGAGCUGGAAAGAAAACUACAGACAACGAGUGCCCAGAACAUAGAAUUCCUUCAGGUCAUAGCAAAACGCGAGGAGUCAAUUCACCAGUGUCAGCUGCGGCUAGAGGAGAAGACCCGUGAAUGCAGCUCCUUGGCACGUCAGCUGGAGAUGGCCAUUGAGGAUGCCAAAAGACAAGUGGAACAAACACGAGAACGAGCAGCAUCUAGAGAGAAGGCGGCCCAGUCCAAGGUGUUGGAUUUGGAGACCCAACUGAGUAGGACUAAAACAGAGCUGAGCCAGUUGCGCCGGAGCAAAGAUGAUGCAGAACGCCGGUACGAAAGCCGCCUACAAGAUUUAAAGGAUCGGUUGGAGCAGUCGGAGAGCACCAACCGCAGCAUGCAAAACUAUGUCCAGUUCCUCAAGUCUUCCUAUGCCAACGUUUUUGGAGAAAGUGCCUUGCUGAGCUCCUCCACCCGCUCUCGUUCUUCUCCAUGAGCACUGUGCUCUCCCUGCCCCUCUGCUAUUAAGCACAAAAGGAGCCAGGUUUCAAAGCCAUAUCUUAU